UCUCGAGGUACUGUAAUUUCACGAACACACUGUCGAAGACAUCUCAAACCGCCCGAGAACACCGCAUUGCAAUGGAGCGUCCGGAAAACGUCCCGAAUGAUGGCUUGGUCCUCUUCGUCGUCAAGGCGACGGCGACCUCAACCCACAACACGGUCAAGCCCCUAAUGCUCAUCGAGGAGCUUCAGAUUCCUCACAAAACCUAUGUUGUCAACAGCAUCUCCGAGCCCUGGUUCGGACGCCUUAACCCGCACAAGAUGGUGCCGGCCAUCGAAGACACCCCGGCCGGCAGCGAUAGACGGCUCCAGGUUUGGGAGUCUACCUCCACCCUGACUUACCUCGCGGAUGCCUACGACAAAGACGGCCUCUUUAGCGGUCGAACCGUCGCCGAGCGGGCAGAGGUAGGCAACUGGCUCACUCUACACACGGCGGCAUUGGGCCCUACGGCAAAAUACUGGCUCUACUUUGAGAAGCUACAUCCCGAGAGGGUCCCCAAGACCACUGCAAAGCUCCGCUCCAACAUCGAGAAGCAGUAUGACAUCCUUGAGGGCAGACUCGCCCAGGAAGGGCAGCAGUAUUUGGCGCUCCCCGACCGCCCAACCAUUGCCGAUAUCGCCACCUUGCCAUUCGCCGACGAGGCAUGUGCGGUCUUGUUUGGGCUCGAUCUUUCUAACUGGCCACACACCCUGGAGUGGAGUCGACGCAUGGCAGCCAGGCCGGCGGUCGUGAGGGCCAGGGAGCGCGUUGCCAAGUUGGGUCACGAGUAAACGGAGAAGUUGAGCCAUGUAGUCCAUAGAGCCAGGGUUGUAAAUUAGUAUUUAGUAUUUAAUAACUAAAAUACUAAAGUUUUAGUACUUUUAGGUUUAAUUAAAUAAAUAUAAAAGUUAUAAAUAGUAAAAAAAAAAAAAUUAUUAUUUUUUUUUUAUUUUAGAAUUUUACUAUAUUUUAUUUUUACU